GAGGACAUGGGCGACUCAGGCACGACCGCGACAACGAUGACUGCGCCGCAACCCUCGCGAUUCGAACACGACGACCCGCUGGCCCUGCACGAGUACGGCCUCUCGGAGCUGCGAGCCUCGAUGGCGUCCUUCUCCGACUUCCCCAUGGCCUUCGGGCCCAACCAGGGCUUUGGGAGUGGCUACGACCGAUCGCAGACCAGCAUCCAGACCAACCUGCACAACCACCGAGGGAGCAUGGUGGACAUGGAAGACGGAAACGUGAGUGGCGGCAGCGCGCACCCGCAUCGGCCCAGCAUUGACCUGGGCCGCGACGGCAACCAGACGAGCCCGGAAAGCGCGGCUGGGCUGGGCAUGCUGCUGGGCGAUGGCAUGGACGACGCAUCGCUGGCAAUGAAGCUGGAAGACGGGAUCCUGAUGGAGGGCGCGGAGGGCGCGGCCACCAAGGGCGACAGCCAGGACCCGCCGCCGUGGAGCGAAAUGAAGACCAAAGCGGGCAAGGAAAGAAAACGGCUGCCGCUGGCGUGCAUUGCGUGCCGGCGCAAGAAGAUUCGCUGCUCGGGUGAGAAGCCGGCGUGCAAGCACUGUUUGAGAAGCCGCAUCCCGUGUGUGUACAAGGUCACCACGCGGAAGGCGGCACCCAGGACCGACUACAUGGCCAUGCUCGACAAGCGGCUGCGGCGCAUGGAGGACCGCGUCAUCAAGCUCAUCCCCAAGGAGAGCCUGCCGUCAGUCGCCGGCGUCGGACGAUCCGUCGUCAAGCCGGCGCUGCCGGGCGCGCCGCCCAAGACGCCCACUGCGCACAAGAAACGAGGUGCCGAAGAAGCGUUUGGAAACGACUUGGACGAAUGGGCAAAAUCAAAGUCGGCCAACCCGGACGCAUCCGGCUCGGCGUCGAGAAACAAGGAGUCCGACGACACCAGCCUGCUCACCGAGGGCGUCGAGAGCCUGCCGUCCAAGGAGAUCCAGGAGCAUCUGGCCGAGGUCUACUUCGACUACGUAUACGGCCAGAGCUACCCACUCUUGCACAAGCCCAGCUUUUUGCGGAGGCUCGCGAAAGGCGAUGUGCCCCCGGUCCUCAUUCUGGCCAUCUGCGCCAUAUCCGCGCGUUUCUCGACACAUCCGCAGCUGCGCUCGGAGCCCUGCUUCCUCCGCGGCGACAACUGGGGCGAGAAAGCGCGAGAAAUAGCACUCAGGCGGUACGACGCUCCCAACAUCACAAUCCUGAUCGUCUACCUACUGCUCGGUUUGCACGAGUUCGGAACAUGUCAAGGUGGAAGAAGUUGGAUGUUUGGCGGCAUGGCUCAGCGAAUGGCAUACGCGCUGCAGCUGCACAAGGAAUGCGAGUACGAUCCGAGUGUACCAGAGGCUGAUCGCAAGCCUCUUAGCCUCACGGACCGCGAGAUUCGAAGGCGGACAAUGUGGUCUUGUUUUCUCAUGGACCGCUUCAACUCGUCCGGCACAGAUCGGCCAUUGUUUGUCCAUGAGCAGUACAUUGAGGUUCAGCUACCCGUCAAGGAGCAUCUUUAUGUGCACGAGAUACAAGCCCCGACAGAGAACUUGGACGGAAACGUACCGAAUCCCGUUGCGCCAGACAGUGGUCAACUGUCGGAACCCCGCGAGAACAUGGGCGUUACGGCGUACACUAUCCGCCUUGUCUGCAUAUGGGGCAAGCUAGUAAAAUACAUGAACCUGGGUGGCAAAGAGCGGGAGCCUGAACCUAUGUGGUCCGCCAAAUCCACCUUCCACAUCAUCAAGAAGGAGGCCAAGGAGUUCAAGGAAGCUCUACCGGAAAUGCUAGUCUACAGCCCCGAAAACCUGAAAAGCCACGCCAUAGGACGAACAGCAAAUUCGUACCUCUACUUGCACAUCCUCUACCAACAGAUCAUACUCUUCCUGCACCGAUUCUCUCUUCCUUCGAAGGCUGGGAGUCGACCACCGAAAGAAAUGCCUCACGAUUUCCUCACCGAGUCUGCUCGUACGGCAUUAGAUGCUGCGAACCAGAUAUCGAUUCUAAUUAACGAAGCAAUGGACCACAAUGUGGUUGCACCAUUCGCUGGUUAUUCCGCUUUCUUUUCUUCUACCGUCCACGUCCACGGGGUAUUUUCCAAGAACCCGAAGCUCGAAGCGCAAUCGAAGAAGUACCUCGCUUACAACGUCAAAUACCUGAGUAAGAUGAAGAAGUACUGGGGUAUGUUCCACUAUAUCGCAGAGAACUUGAAGGAACUGUACCGGCAACAUGCAGAUGCACAGCUCAGAGGCCCUGGUGCCGCUGGGGACAAGACCAAGGCCGUCAUCUUCCAGUACGGUGACUGGUUCGACAGAUAUCCACACGGUGUAUCCAAGACGGACUACGAGGACGCUGCCGAACCCAAUACCAACGAACCAGGUACUGACGCUGUACUUGGGCAGAAGAGCGACCUGCAAAGCGUCGAAGAAUUCUUUGCCUCACUGUCGCCACCGACCCGAGCAGAAACCCAACGCAAGCAAGCCCGAAAGAAACAGUCGAAGUCG